AUGUCAACAACACAAGAAACUAAAACAAUUUCUUCAUCGUCUGCAAAACCGAAGAUAUUGACACCGAAGCCAAUUUUGUCGUCACCUCUCACACCGUUGUCAGCAUCUGUUGAAACAUCUCAGACCGAGCCGAGCAAUCGAGAUGAUGUUUCUCAUCACGUUCACGCAGCAACAUCUCCGCUUAAAAAACCGCGCAGACUAAUUCGAGUUACCUCCAACGAAAUCACCAGCAAUGGGAAUGACGACAACGUAGACUCCAUUCUCACCUUCAACAAUAAGUUCAAGAAAAUCUCACCUCAAUAUAUCACAAACAACAACGAGAAAGUCGAUACCAACAACUUUUCCUACCAUGUCAGCAACAACAAUGAUGAUAAACCAAUAAGUUAUGACGUCAUCAUGAAUGACAGCAACAACAACAACAAUAAUAAUAAUAAUAAUAACUACAGCAAAAACAACAAAAACAACGUUAACGAAAAUAACUUGAAAAGUCAUAAUGACAUUUCAUCGAAUAACAAAACGGCCAACACUAGUAUUCAUAGUAGAAAUGAUUUGAAGGCAAGCAGUGUGGACGAGUGUAGGAAUGUGACGAGCAACAAAUUAACAAGUGGCAGCCACGUCAGGACACGCGUCGAUGGCAUGGUCCCGUCUACGAAGGGCCAAUCAAAUAAUGUCGAUGACGUCAUUCUGCUGAUGGCUCGUGAAAAUUGCGACGACAGAUCAGCACGUUGUGAAGGAGUCAGCGUUCACGAGUCAGGUGGAGGAGACUGCAACUACGGUGUCUGCGAUGCAUGGGAGGGUGAUGUCAGUGGUGGGAGAAGCAGGGAUGGGAUUGACAAGGACGAUGGAAAGGACAACCACAAGAACAUUGACAACAACAGAAAAUUUUUUGUCAGAGUUGGAAUUUUUAAGGGCCCGGAACUAGAGUCAAAUUUUUUUAAGCGUACGGUCUCGGAAUCCGACUUCGGAAAUUAUUUUUAA